UCAUUGGAUGCUUGAGAUCGUUUGUGCUGGGAAGAUCAUUCACUUGGACCCUUGGCUUAGACAUAAACGCCCUAAGAUGACUAUUGACCUCACACUCCAAAGGGCAUAUGAACUGCUCGGAGGUUCCAACGAGUUACUUGGAACAUUUCCAGGAGUAACCGUUGCAGCGUGUCCAAAACAAACAUUGGGAAUUGAAUGUGGUUUUUAUGUACUUAGGUACAUUAAUGACAUUGUGAAAGCUCUAAAUUCAUUCGUUAUUAUAAGAGAAAAGUUUGGAAAGAUGGACACAUACGAUGUGGAGACGAUGUUGCUACCACUGCAACAUCAAUGGUUAUCGAAAUUGACACGAUACUUGUACUAGUUAACUUUAGACUUUUAAUUUUAGGCAAUACUUAUUUUGUUUAUUUUUUUUAUUAGUAAGGACUUAACAUAUUUUGUAAUGUAUACUUUAACUUUGUUAUAAUAUAAUUACAAUAUCUUUUGUA